AAUGGUGCGCGCAAGGCAGUACUAUCCAAGUUCUUGACGGCAGGACAUCGUACUAUAGUACACGUAGAGUGCGCCCAACUUUUAUGUGUCACCUCUUUGGAAAUUUGUGAACACCUUGACAUUUUUAAUGUAGUGGAUAAAAGGGGAUUUUUUUUCAUUUUUUAUUUUUUGCGUGCGGUGGCAGUGACCAAUGCAAAAGUUUAUGAUGAUAUUCGAUAGUAUUAAUUAGUGGUUUGACUGAACUAUCGCGACCCUUAACCUGGAUUAUCUUUACAUCGACUCGGGAACCCGCAAUCAAGUCCCUGAGACAGAGCCUGUGGCUACCACAAUGAAAUCUCCUCCAGCUGUGACCGACGACUGCGAUGACAUAUUCGGCCCUCCACGCACCUACCCCACCGGUUACUGUCCCCCCAAGAAUCGGCCAUCGAUGAUAUCAGCGAAAUACCGGCAAAAGGAAGAGCGUCGGAAAGUGUUGAAGAUAAGUUUGAACAAGCUGAAGAAGAUCGAAGACCCCGAAUCGAGUCUCUGCCGAUCGGUCCUGAUCAACAACACCAUGAAGCGGCUGCAGAAGGAGGCUCGCGACGAGAAGAUCCAGAAGCAGCAGCUCAAUUACCCCCGUUGCUACGACAACGACAACAUCCUCAACAUCAAGAACGAAUUUAUCAAGAACGAGAGCAAGACCAGUGGGACUUUUGACGAGCCCCAGGUCGAUUUUGUGGUGGAGAACGACUUUGACGCGAAACUGGCCGAAGAAAUCGUCACUGCGAAGAACAUGGAAGUGUUCAAUGAGCUGGUUGAGGAGAACUUGAACAAUCUCGAGCAGAGUUUGAGCUCGAACCUGGUGCAGGAGCCGAUGGAGAGCAACGAGCGGUUCGCGUCGCGGAAGCGCUCGUUCGACGAUAUGGAAGAUUGCGACGUUCAGGACGUGCUGAAGCAGUUCUACAUGCCGCCGACCCCUCGCAUGCUGACUUGCAUCGACGACGACGAGGACGUGAACGUGGUGGACGCGGCGCCUUCCCCGAAAAAAGCCAAAGUAGACGAGAAUUUCGAGCCUAAAAGUGACUUCAGUGAGACGAGUAUGGCCGACGUGGUGUGUGAUAAAACCGGUGACUUUAGUGUAAAUAAUUUCAUUAAUAAUAAUAUACCGAGCGAGCGACUGAGGUAUACAAGUCAGAACGAGACGGACUCGAAUUCUUACAGUUGCGGACAUGCAUCCAUGUUCAACGAACUGCAGAAUAACGUUUAUCACAAUUUAAUUGCAUCAUUGGAGACGUAGCAGUUUAGUAACAGUAUUUAGGCAACGAUUUUUUUGGAUAACGUCUUUAUUUAUGUGAUAGUGUGAAUGAUUUACUUAAUUGUUUCAUCCGCCCGUGAAAACUUUCAUUCUCCCUGGUGCUAAGCGGCGUCACUGUCCAUCGGAAAUUUUCACGGGGCCUAAAUUACGUAACUUUCACAUUGAAUUUUUUUCAACGUUCAAUUUUGUAAUGCUUUUAGCUCUCUACGGCUACUAAAGAAUUAUGUUCCUAACGUCUUCUAUUUCCAACGUUUUAUUGCGUUACUGAUUUCUUUGUUCUAGUGAGUAGAGAGCGAAAAUAUCUGUGAUAUUACAAUUAAAGCAAAAUGUGUUAAAGGUUAGAUCAAUUUUAAAAAGCCUGUACGAUAUAGACUUAGAUAAUACAAUGAGAGUUAUCUGUAAAGAUGCUUGUAGAUUGAAAAAGUUUGUUGGUGUUAUUUACCACAAACUCCUUUACAAUUUCCUGGCACUUGUAGAAGCAUUUAAAGAAACUUUGUGUCUUUGUGGCUUUAAUAGCGAUAUUGUCCCCGUUUCUUCAUAUCCAUAUCAGAUGAUCUAUGCUGCAGAAGUUUAGAUACAUAUUUUUGAAAAUAAUGAAAAGUGGCAUUAACGACAAUUUUUGAUAACAUUUUUGAAUUUUUUAUACCUGCCAAAAUGAGACGUAUUUUUGACGUAGCACAGUGCUUUAACUCUCCCAUCUCAUCCCGGAAUCGGUUAUCAUGUUUUAAAUUCUAUUUUUUUACGUUUUUCUUGAAUAUUUUUGUAUAUUUUACAUGCAAAUUAUCGUUGAAAAAAUUAUUGUAACUUUUUUAUGCAAUUUAGUUAGUGUUUGUGUUAUGGGUUUUGCCAUAUUUUGUUUUUAUAUGUAACAAUUUAUGUGUACAUAUGUAGUUAUCAAUUACUAUCCUCUGUUAGUUUAUUUAUGUAUUAUAUAUUUUCCUCGUUAUGUAAUUAAUUACUCAAAUAACAUUAUUUAUUUGGAAAACCAUUAUCACACAACUUGUUUUAUUGUUGGAACUGAUUGAACAAAAGAAACCUCGUUACAAUAAUUUUUGGAGAAAAAUAAGUUUCUAUUGAAUACCAAAACAGUGUUACCGCAGAUUUACCACUCUUGUAUAAUAUUAUUACUAUUAUCAUAUGAAUUAUUAUUGUAUUGUAUGUACAUUAGGCAUUAUCAAAAUUUCAGGUAAUGCAAUAAAGUACCUGAAAAAUACAA